AUGGAGAUCGAUGAUUCCUCCCUUUACAUCAAUGUGCAUAGGAAGUUUCGCCCUAAUAUCAGUGGAUCCUUAGGUUCUUCGUCGAGCUCAAGGAACACAAAAUCCGUUGGGAUAAGUGUGUUCCCUAUCUGCACAUGGAGAUCCUCAAGUAGACCAACUGGGAACUUAGUCGAUCUGUCAGCGAAAACCAAGAAGACUUUGGUGGAUUUAAACUUGGUGUAUCCCAUUCGCUUGGUCACAGAAUAUGGCAUCAGGUUCACACUCAAGCCAAGAUCACAAAGAGAGCAUGCGAAGAUCAUGUGA